AUGGAGAAGAUUGACGCGACCUCUAAGAAAGAAGUGGAGGCAUUGGGGGAUGUUCCCCCUGCCCGUUUUACACCGCGUAGCUGCUGUUUACCUGCAGCAGCCCAGUUUGUAUUGGUUGCGGUGUUGGGUUCUUUCCAAUUUGGUUAUAGUUUCUCUUCUUUAAAUACCUCAAAGGCCAUCAUCAUCGUUGACUUCGACUGGUGCAAAAACGACCCUGAUCAUGUUUUGGAUUGUAGUAAUGGUGUUCUUUAUGGAUCAUUAAUUACAACGGCUGUGUUUGUAGGACUAAUGUUUGGUUGUUUAUUAGCUGGUCCUGUGACAAACUUUGGUCGUCGGGUGUCACUAUUGCUGACAAAUUUACUUUUCUUGGUAUCUAGCGCCCUUGCUGCAGCAGCCGAUGGCGUGGCAUCUUUAUUCCUAGCUCGUUUAUAUCAAGGGAUGGCUGUGGGGUUAGCAACAGUAUGCGUCCCUAUGUAUAUAUCCGAGUUCUCCCCUGACAGGUAUAGAGGAUUCUACGGAACUCUCCAUCAGCUUCUUAUUACUGUGGGUAUUCUUGUAGCUACUCUUCUUGGAUUGGCAUUCGGCUCUCCUCCAACGGAUACAGAUUUCGGUUAUACCGUCAGCACCUUCCAGCAGUGUUGGUGGCGAUUCAUGUUGGCUUUCCCUGCUGCGGUGUCCAUUGUGGCUAUAUUGCUACUGUGGCUUGUAUACCCAACAGAGAGUCCUCAUUUCUUAAUGCAUCAGGGACGUAAGAACACAGCAACAGCCCUUCUUAAGGAAUUAUUGAAUAAAGAAGAUGUUAGUGCAGAAGUACAAACUAUUGAGGUCGCCAUCUGUCAACAGAAAGUACUCGAGGCCGAGAGUUUAUCCCUAGGGAAAGCAAUGACUUAUCCAGCAUAUCGUCAUGUACUUCUUCUUGCUUUCUUCCUCUCCGCCUUCCAACAGUUUACCGGCAUUAACAUCCUCGUGGCCAACAGCAACAAGUUGUAUGCUUCUCUUAACAUCGACGCCUCCCUCGUCACCGCCUUAACUGUUGUUACAGGGCUUGUUAAUGUAUUAAUGACGGUGCCUGCGAUCUUCUUAAUGGAUAGAUUAGGCAGAAGAACUCUCCUCCUGUGUGGUUGCUUUGGACAAGCAGCAUCUACUAUUGUUGCUCUUAUUGCCAAUCUAAUUGAUCGCAACAGCACAGCUGUACAAUGGCUGACAGUUGCAUGCAUAUAUCUAUUCGUUAUUUCCUUUGCUGUUGGAUAUGGUCCUGUUCUUUGGGUGUAUCUCCAUGAGAUUUUCCCACCAGAAAUUAAACAAACAGGCGCAUCUGUUGCCUCCGCCAUCAAUGCCGUCGCAACUAUUAUUGUUGUUCUUCCCUCCGACUUCGUCUUGACCUCGGAUAUGCGGGUUAUGUUAGGCAUAUGUGGUGGUACAUCUCUUAUAGCCUUUGUUGUUUCCUUAAUCUUUAUGAAGGAAACAGCUGGUCUAUCUAUUGAUGAAUCUCCUUACUUUAAGGGAAAAAGAAGGGUUAUGAGUAAAUACUUCGAUGUUACAGGACUUAACAACCCAGGGCAACAGGUUCCUUCUCUUGCAUCCGGCCACUUCUCCGCCACCCAGCUUGCUCCUGCACCCUCAGGACAUGCAAAGGAACUCUCUGCAUAA